AUGAGGUCCCUGAGCAUCCAAUGCAUAUUUCAAUUACCAAUGAACCAUUCAAAUCUUCGCAACUAUGGACUUGGGCAAACUUUCAGUGAUAUAAAGUUUGAUGCCGUCGAAAGUCAGCUUAUAGGAGAUGUCGAGUACACUUUCAAGGGCUCUAAUGUGAGUGGAGUGAGAACAAGGGAGAGGCUCACAGUUCCAUGCCAUUUCUCGCACUACGUCCCGUUUGACAGACAUGCUUUGUAUAGAAAACUCCCGUCUGACCAAUUAAUUUUGACAUGGCGAUCAUCUCCACACAUGUCCACAACGUCGAUGAACACGCCGUACUUUCUUAUCGAAGAGGUAACCUCCAAGGUGUUCCGUGGUUUGGCGUCUUACUGA